AUGAAUUUCGUCGAGAUUGAUUGCGCCGAUGAGCGUUGCAAAUUCCGCUCGAAACAGCACGUGCAUUGCAAUCAGAAAAGGUGUUUUUUCGCUUCCGAUGAUACGUUAAUUAUCACUAAUCAUUUCACAAUCUUCCAUUCUUCGAGACUUCCGUUCCCGGAGAAUAUGAUAUUCUAUCAUAUUGAUGCAUUCGAAAUGUGCAACUCGCACAAAUGCCACAUCCCUGGAAACGCAGCAGAUUUGGAGUUUCCGCAACAAAACUUUAAAGUCGACUUGUGCUCUCGACCAUUCUGCAAGCUCAAAAAGAAAACGCAUUUCCAUUGCGAGAAAUGCGAUCAAGGAUUUUCGAUAUGGUCGAAACUUCUUAAUCAUAGUCAUCGAUAUCGUCGACGAGCGAAGCCGUCGCCGUUGAAAUCAAGUUCCGAGAAGGAAGAAGUCAGCGAAUCGCAGCAACCAGACGAACACAGUGAACCGUUUAUAUUGCGCAACCCAAUUCGGUUCACUAUGGAGGAUCAUUUCAGCUCGUCUCGCGAAUAG